CAACAGAGCGCAGCGGCGUCGGACCUGUCUCUACUUUUAGACCCAGUAAAAAUGUUAAAAUAGGUGUUUUUCUCAGUGAGUGUACUCGGGUCUUCCUCUUAACAUGGACGCCAUGUUGUUGCUGUCGGGGUAACCGCUAGCCGUUGGCUCACUUUUUGCGUGUCUGUGCGCGUGGACCCUACAUGGAAUUUCUUUUUUCGUCGCUAGCAGAAUGCUGAAGACACAAGGAAUGGCUGUGGUGAACGUUGCCUUGAACAAAAGGACAUAUUUUUCUCAGAUGGAACAACUCUAGAAGACAGUUUGAGCCACGCUUUGUAAAGAAAAGUUUCCGCUGACGGUCUCGGCUUUGGUUAACAGAGAGAGAGAGGGAGAGACAGACACCCCGAGGAGACUGCUCGGCUGUCUGGCUCCCGUCGUGGCCUGGCUCCGGGCACUCCCAGCUUAUCCGCUAGUAUUGGAGCUCAGGCGACGAGAAUAAAGUGAAGACAGCAGGGGGCUUUCUUGUUUAUAUCCCAGGCUUUGGAUAUAUUUAAACAUAUUCUAGGAUAAGACAUUUAAUAUCCAGACGUCUUCUUCCAAAACAAUGGCGUCUUAUGUGGAUAACAGCUUUCGGCAGGCUGUGAUGAUGAAUCCGGCUGAAAGGACGCAACAGGACUUGGAGAUCGUCUACUCAUAUCUCCAUGGGAUGGAGGCCUUAUCCAACCUGAGAGAGCACCAGCUGAGGAUAAUGUGUGAGACGGUGCGCUACGAGAGACACGAGGCCAACGAAGUGCUCUACUAUCCUGAUGACAUUGGGAGCUGCUGGUAUAUCCUUCUGUCAGGCUCAGUCUUCAUUAAGGAGUCCAUGUUCCUGCCCAGAAGCAGUUUUGGGAAGAGAUCAGCGGGCAGCCUUCGACGCGGAUGUGAGUGCAUCGUCCUGGAACCAUCAGAAAUGAUUGUGGUGGACUAUAUGGAUGAAAAUGAGGAGUACUUUCAGCGGCAAGCCUCACACAGACAGUCUCGCCGGCGCUUUCGGAAGAUCAACCAGAAAGGGGAGCGGCAGACAAUCAUUGACACAGUGGAUCCGUACCCCACUGGAAAGCCACCUAUAGCCCGGGGAUACCACACGGAAUGCAAUAAACCUCAGCUCCCCGCAGACUUCAGCAGACUUCACCUGGCCGACGGCUUGCACCCACAGGUGACCCACGUCUCCUCCAGCCACUCAGGAUGUAGUAUCACCAGCGACUCUGGAAGCAGCAGCCUGUCAGACAUUUAUCAGGCCACAGAAAACGAACCAGGUGACAUGGACCUGAGUGGCCUGCCAGAGACAGCCGUCGACUCCGAGGAGGACGACGAUGAGGAGGACAUCGAGCGAGCAUCAGACCCCCUUAUGAGCCGGGACAUCGUGAGGGACUGCCUAGAGAAGGACCCUAUGGACAGAACUGACGAUGACAUAGAGCAAUUACUGGAGUUCAUGCAUCAGCUGCCAGCGUUCGCCAACAUGACCAUGUCAGUGAGGAGGGAACUCUGUGCUGUCAUGGUCUUUGCUGUGGUCGAACGCGCCGGCACCAUAGUUCUCAAUGAUGGAGAGGAGCUGGACUCGUGGUCUGUGAUCCUGAAUGGUUCAGUGGAGGUUACGUACCCCGACAGCCGGACAGAGAUCCUGUGCAUGGGGAACAGUUUUGGGGUGUCGCCAACCAUGGAGAAGGAGUACAUGAAGGGCGUCAUGAAGACCAAGGUGGACGACUGCCAGUUUGUUUGUAUAGCCCAGCAGGACUACUGCUGCAUCCUCAACCAGGUGGAAAAGAACAUGCAGAAGGUGGAGGAGGAAGGAGAGAUCGUUAUGGUGAAGGAACACCGUGAACUGGACCGCACUGGCACAAGGAAAGGACACAUCGUCAUCAAGGGCACAGCGGAGCGUCUCACCAUGCACCUUGUGGAGGAACACUCAGUGGUGGACCCCACCUACAUUGAGGACUUCCUGCUGACCUACAGGACCUUCCUCUCCAGCCCCAUGGUCGUGGGCAAAAAGCUCCUGGAGUGGUUCCAUGACCCAAGUCUCAGGGACAAAGUUACACGGGUAGUCUUGCUGUGGGUAAACAAUCACUUCAAUGACUUUGAGGGUGACCCUGCCAUGACUCACUUUUUGGAGGAGUUUGAAAACAAUCUAGAGAAAGAAAAAAUGUGUGGGCACCUCAGACUGUUAAAUAUAGCAUGUGCUGCUAAAGCCAAGCCUCGGCUAGUGACACUUACCAAGCCGAGCAGGGACUCUCCACUAGCCUUCAGCCUUCUUGGAGGUCAGGAGAAAGGUUCUCGCAUCUUUAUCGAUGCAGUGGAGCCCGGGAGCAAGGCAGCAGAGGUCGGCCUUAAGCGUGGAGAUCAGAUCUUGGAGGUGAAUGGGCAGAACUUUGAAAAUGUCCAGCUCAGCAAAGCCAAUGAGAUCCUGAAGAACAACACCCACCUGUCCAUAACUGUGAAAACAAACCUUUUAGUGUUUAAAGAGCUGCUAACCAGGCCAGACCAAGACCACGACUUGGAUGGUGAGGAGGAACAUGACAGAAAGAACGGAGCACCCCACCUUCCAAAGAUCGGAGACAUCAAGAAAGCGAGCCGAUACUCCAUCCCCGACCUGGCGGUGGAUGUGGAGCAGGUGAUGGGCCUGGAGAAGGUCAGCAAAAAGGCAAAGACCAACACGGUUGGAGGGCGAAACAAGCUGAAGAAGAUCUUUGACAAGACGCUCACCAGCAUCCUGCCUCCAAAACCAUACAACGACGUUUGCGUGGGCCAAUCACAGGAUGACAGCAUAGUGGGGAUGAAGCAGUCCAAACAGAUCCCUCCACCUCUGCCAGUCAGCGGGAACCUGUCUUCGUCAAACCCAGACCUCCUGCAGUCACAUCAUCGAAUCCUCGACUUCAACAACCAGCCUGUCCCAGUCAUACCGAAUAUGUCGGAUCAGGUGUUACGAGUCUUUAAGGCCGACCAGCAGUCUCGAUACAUCAUGAUCGGGAAAGACACAACGGCGAAGGAGGUGGUGGCUCAGGCUAUCAGGGAGUUUGCUCUUACUGCAGCAGCAGAUGCAUAUUCACUGUGUGAAGUGUCCGUCACACCCGAGGGCGUCAUCAAACAGAGGCGGUUACCAGAUCAGCUGUCAAAGCUCGCAGACCGGAUUCAACUGAGUGGCAGAUACUACCUGAAGAGCAACAUGGAGACAGAGACGUUAUGUUCAGACGAGGACGCUCAGGACCUCCUGCGAGAAGGACAGAUCUCUUUGUUACAGCUCAGCACAGUGGAGGUCGCCACACAACUCUCCAUGCGGGCCUUUGAACUUUUCUGUGCCAUCGAGCCCACUGAAUACAUCGAUGACUUGUUCAAGCUACGGUCCAAGACAGGCUCAGCUAGCCUAAAACGCUUCGAGGAGGCCAUCAACCACGAAACCUUCUGGGUGGCCUCAGAAGUGACGCGGGAGCCCAACCAGCUCAAACGAAUGAAGACGGUCAAACACUUCAUCAAGAUUGCACUGCACUGCAGAGAAUGCAAGAACUUCAGCUCUAUGUUUGCUAUCAUCAGCGGUCUGAACCUGGCUCCAGUCUCCAGACUGAGGGGAACAUGGGAGAAACUUCCUAGUAAAUAUGAGAAGUUGUUCUCAGACCUGCAGGACCUCUUUGACCCCUCAAGAAAUAUGGCCAAGUACAGAAAUGUCCUCAACAAUCAGAACCUCCAGCCUCCAAUCAUUCCCUUGUUCCCCGUCAUCAAGAAGGACCUCACCUUCCUACACGAAGGUAACGACUCUAAAGUGGAUGGCCUGGUGAACUUUGAGAAGCUGAGGAUGAUUGCCAAAGAAAUUCGCCACGUUGGUCGCAUGGCCUCCGUCAACAUGGACCCAGCUCUCAUGUUCAGGACCAGGAAGAAGAAAUGGAGGAGUUUAGGGUCUUUGAGCCAGGGUAGUGCCAAUGCGGCAGUGCUCGACGUCACCCAGACAGGCGGGCACAAGAAGCGGGUGCGACGCAGCUCCUUCCUGAACGCCAAAAAGCUUUACGAGGACGCGCAGAUGGCCAGGAAGGUCAAACAGUAUCUGUCCAACCUCAGCCUGGAGACGAAUGAGGAGAGUCUGCAGACACUCUCCAUGCAGUGUGAACCCUCCAUUAGCACAUUGCCCAAGAAUGCCGGUGGGAAACGGCCAGACACGUCGCCAGUUGUAUCCAGAGCUGCCAGCCAGCAAAGGGGCCAGUUAGCCAAAGGAAGCCAGGCGCUCCAGGUCCCUGCAGUUGCCCUUUACCCCUCUCGAAAGAAAGUGCCAGUCAAGGAUCUGCCGCCUUUCGGCACCAGUUCCCCUCAGUCUCUGAAGAAGAUCCUGUCUCUGUCAGAAGAGGGGAACGAAAGGCACCGCAGGCAGCCAGAGGACACCGUGUCCAACGCCUCCUCCCAGCUCUCCUCUCCUCCCACCUCCCCCCAGAGCUCACCCAAGAAGGGUUACAACAGGAUGGGAGAUGCCUACUCAGACUCUGGUCACAGUGAGAUCUCCUCUCGCUCAAGCCUCGUCAGUAACUCCUCUUUUGACAUGGCCCAGGAGGAGAGGAGACUACGUCACUCUGGAGGGGUCGGGGACUCGCACAUCGGGGGAGCACGGCUAGAGCGAAGAGCCACCACCGAUCCCGACCAGUACAGCCUUGGAUCGUAUUCAUCGAUGCAGGACUGUCGAGGGAUCUACACUGGCUGCCCAACAGUGCUGUCCUCACCCAGCUCAGAGGAGCUGACUCAGGAUCAGGGCGAUCGCGUUUCCCUUGAUGCUGCAGACAGCGGCCGUGGCUCCUGGACGUCCUGCUCCUCUGGUUCCCAUGACAACAUCCAGACAAUGCAGCAGGGGCGAAGCUGGGAGACUCUGGCCUUCGGCGGAGGAGGAGGCAGCGGUGGCAUCCCUCCCGGUGGCCCAGAGGCCUUAUUAGGAGGACCUGCUGCUCUGUGGGCAGCUCAGGCCAGGGGGAGCUGGGCAUCUGCCAGCUCCUCGUCAUCCUCAGCGGCAUACUGGGGGGAGGACUCUGAAGGAGACACGGGAACCAUUAAGAGGAGGGGAGGAAAGGACGUGAACGCAGACCCAGAAACCAGUAGCAUUACCUCCACCGGGUCAGAGGAGGCCAAGCAGCUCGGGCGACCAUCUCCAUCACCCAUCACCGCUGGGGGUAAAGGACUUCUUUCACGGAAAGAAAGUCGUUACCGUGAGCCUCCCCCAACUCCCCCCGGCUACACCGCCCUGACCAUCUCUGACCUCGCAGAAGGGCAGCACCCGACCACGCCCGUUCCCACAUCGACGACAACGCACACAGGCCGUCGGCCACCAGACUACACAACAGCCCUGCAGCGCUCACGUAUGGUUACCCAGUCACCCGACUCCCACUCGGCCCACCAGGGGGCGAAACAGCGAGCGGGUGGCCUCCAUCGCACACGGUCGCCAGCUGAGGACGAAGAUGCUGAGGAGGAAGAGGAGGGUGAGUCCUUGUCCCCAAAACUAAUCGCUCUGAGGAAGCCAAAGCCAGGCGCACAGCUUACAUCUGAGACUUCCAGACCAUGAGAGUGAGUGUACGGGGGUUAACAGGCAGAGGAUGAACAGGUGUCAGCAGUCUGAGGUUCCACAGUGGAAGAUGUCCUUUUUGCAGUAACUUGAAGUCCCUUCGGUUUGGGGCAGGAUUAAAGAGACAGACAGACCAAUGGACUCAUCAUCAGUUACGUACGUGCCUGCCUCCUCCACGCGGCUCUCCCUCCUGAUCGGGGGACUCCUCUGCUCGUCUCCCUCCCCUGCCUUAAAGCAUCAUAAGGGGUUGAAAGACCCUGCAUGCAAAAAAUACUGUGAAGAAGAGAUGGCGAGAAGGUCAAACACGAUGGAAAAAACACCUGGCACUUUGGAUAAAAGACUACAGAAACCUAACUGGUGCCGGGAGGGGGUCGACCAACCUCUUAUACAUCAAACCACAUAGACGUUGCUGUUGGAAACUGGAAUGGACCCCCCAAUCCAGUGACAACACAUGUUAACACAACAGCAUCAUGACGUGUUGACCUCCAUCUGCACUUUCUCAUUUUCUACUUUCUAAAAAAAGAACAAAUAAAAAAGACGAUUGUUUAAAGAUGGAGAGAAACAAACGGUUGACUUGACUCUAAAUUCCCACUAGUUUUUUUAUUUUUAUUUUCUUUGAUUGAUUGCACUCUGGGGGCCGAGAGAAAGACGCCCAAGUCAGCCCAUUUCUGCCUGGACUGAAACAAGCCGCCUGUUGUUGGAGUGCUUGAACUCUGAAUCCAGUAUUAUCUCAUGUGUCACAUGAAAAAGAUUAUCAAGUGUUGGUUCAAGUCAAAGCUACAUGUAUGAGGAGAGCCGACACGCACAGUGUACUGACACAGUGCAUUUUAUGUACAAGAACAUUCAGAAAAAAAAAAAAAAACACAAUU